AUGCGCUCUUUGAUCCUGAGCGCGCCUGAGCUUGCUCCGUCGUCACAGGCCCUCCUCGCUACGUUCCAACCGGCUACAGGUGACGCAUACCAUACCUGCACAAAUGAACCCCUUAGCGCACGAAUCAAUUUCCAGCUUUUGUUUCUAGAUGCUUUGCAAGUGGAUCCAGGCAUUGCAUGUAUCGCAUGCGUUGAUGCUCAUUUGUUUGUCUCGACCAAAUCACCCGCAGCUGUCCAGCUUGUGUCAUGGCCCAGCUCGACAUCGUCAGCAUCGACGUCGGCCGCAUCUGCAUCGGUAUCCGCAUCGUCUGCUGCUUCUGCACCACCGAUUCUUCUUGCGCAUCUUCCAUGGCUUCAAGUGCCAUUGUCAUCAUCAUCGUCAUUAGCGCUCACACCGUCACCCAUUGUACAUGCCGAGCACUCAUAUGCCACCGAUUUGUCAGCAUGGAUUUCAGCCGAUGGUUCCGCGUACAUCGUUGGUCGCAACGAUACCUGGGUCGGUGCAUGUGCUUAUCGUGCUGUCGAUUCGGCUCACAAAAAUGUGCCGACUACAACGGCGUUGAAUGCGCGUUUCAGUUUGUUGGCUCUCGGGUUCGAGAACGGCCACAUCACUUUGUUUGAGUUCCAGACUGCCACGCAGACGCCGCAAUUCGUUCACUCACUUACGCUUCCACACAUCACAGGACGCGUCAUCUGCCUGGACUGGACAGCGGAUGGACAUGCCCUCGCUGUUGGGUACGAGCACGGUUGGGCCAUCUGGAGUACGUUCGGUCAUGUGAUGUGCCACAGUUUCCGUGAGGAUUGGACGACAGCGACUCGAUCGUAUCGUGACAACUUCCAAUUUGGCGUACAAAGCGUCUUUUGGGGUCUUGGCGGCACAGAACUCUUCGUUCUCGCACGCCCACUAUCGCCUGACGCGCAUGCCCAGGAUGAUGAACGCACACUUGCCUAUGUGGUGCCAUUCGUGAAGGCCGCUGCAACCACACACAUGACACCGGCCGACGUGAAUGCCGGUUUCCUCCUGGGCGAUGCUUCUGCCUACAUGUAUCGCGGACACGAGCAGAGUGAUGCCGGACUUUUGUCGCCAGGAAACGAUGUGUGGCGCCAUAUCCCAUUCCCAGCCGAGUAUCUCACCACGCAGUGGCCCAUCCGAUGCACAGCCCUAAGCCCCGAUGGGCGGUUCCUCGCGAUCGCAGGGCGCCGCGGCCUUGCCCAUUACAGCACAGCAUCUGGACACUGGAAACUGUACGAAGUCGCAACACAGGCUCUAUCAUUCUGUGUGCGUGGCGGCAUGGCUUGGUACCAGCACGUUCUAAUUGCAGCUUGCGACUGCAUGGGCGAGAUUCAAAUCCGGCUGUACUCGCGGGACCAGCCUCUGGACAAUGCACAUUUACUGGAUCUUGUUGUGCUGGGUGCACCUGUCGUAACUCUGGCUCUGUUUGAGACGAGUCUGCUCCUCUACCUCGCGGACAACACACUCGUGCAUUACCUCAUUACGCCCACUCGAGAGCAUAUCCGACUCCGGCUGUGCGGUAGCAUCUCCUUCGACGGGAUCAUCGGCGAACCGUCGCGAGUGCGUGCCUUGAGCUGGCUCGUGCCGCCAGUGCAGCGGGACAUAGGUCACCCAGCGGACGACUUGACUGUUGCAAAUCUAUUGUUCCUCAUCGACGGGAUGUUGGUUCUUUUGCGUCCCGCGCGUGCAUCAGAUGACGAACAGCUCUCAUACGACUUGCAAGUUCUUCAUGAGCAUAUCGAGUCGUUCUGCACACCCAUCUACACACCUGGGGCUCUUUCGCACUCCUUAUGGGCCUUUGAUGGCCACCACAUGAGUGUGUGGCUCCAUCCCAUGUCUCGCAGCGAUGCGCCUGACUGUGUUUUGCCUGUGUCCUCGACGUACCCUUUGUGUAUUUUAUCUGAUCGUGGCAUUCUUCUUGGCGCCGAGUCGCUUCCUGUCUUGCGCCGCACACUUGAUACCACCUCCUAUCGCUUGCGCCUCCAUACAACCCUGUUCCUUGACCAUGUUUUGCGGGCCAUUCUCGAGCGCCGACACCUUUUAGAUGCGAUUGAAAUCGCCUCACUCUAUGUACCACUCGAGUACUUCUCUCAUGCGCUGGAAGUUCUCGUUCAUGCUGUGCUGGAAGACGAGGCCGAUGCAGCACCCCAGCAAGGGAAUCAUCCCGGUGAUCUGACCUCUCCAGGAAAUGGCAUCACAGAUUCUGUCGCAGCAGGGACAGCUUCGAGUGCUGCAACUUACGCAGGUACACGGGCUCCCAUCCUCCCGACAGUCCUGGCGUUCCUUGAUCACUUUGAUGAGGCUCUCCAGGUCGUUGUCCGCGCGGCGCGCAAGACCGAAAUGUCUCGAUGGCGCUACCUCUUCGAUGCCGCAGGUCGCCCCAGUACACUCAUGCAGCACUGUCUCGACCGCCAUGAUUAUGCGUCGGCGAGUGCAUAUCUGCUCAUUGUGCACGAAUUGGAAGACGGUGCGACAAGUCUGCAAGCUACAGCAAAAGCACUUGCGCGCUUCGAAGAAGCAGGCGAAUUUGCUUUAUUGCGCGAUACCCUGAGUUUCCUGCAUGGUUUGGAUGAAAAUGGCGACAUCCUGCGCACGUGUACGUCCGCGGCAUCUGAGCUCGUCCUGAGCAGCGGUAUAUCGAUUCUUUCUCGAGAGUAUGACGUCGAAGUAGAAAGGCGAAUGCAAGGUGCACAGACUGUGCCUCUUCUCAGGACGUCAUUAUCGCCAUCCUUGUCGAGACAAGCUCCUUCACCUAGAAAGCUUGGACUUACCGACUCGCCACGAAGGCCUACAAGUGUCGCGAGAAAGAGCAGUAUGUCGAACUCACCUGCGCUGCGUACUUCAUCAGCUCAUGUAUUGCAUCGCGCUGCACGAAGUGCCUCGAUCACACUCUCGCCUUCGAUGCCCCGCAUGCAAGCCAAUGGCCGGCUCGUCUUGCCUCCCACCUCAUCUCCUGGCCUGUCUCCUCGUGUUCCCUAG